ACCCCCCCUGCCACCCGCGCUGGACCUGCCACAGCCGUGGCAGCUUCCCUGGUGACUCCAGUGUGAAGCAGCUGCUGGUGCCUGAAGAGCAAGGAGAUGGAGCCCACUCCCCAGGGGACCCUCGCUGAGCAGGUCCUGGGGUGUGCUGUUAGGCACAGAGGCCCUGCUCCAGAUGCCCGCCCGGUGGGGAUGACUGCCAUCGUCCCCGGGGCAGGCUGGGUCCCACUGGGGCAUAGCUCGAGCGGGCAUGUGGGCACCCGGGCGCUCGCUGCAGCUGCUCCCAUGAGUAGCAUCAAGGAGCCCCAUGGCACCCCAAUCCUGUUUGUCCUGAUUCCUGAGGAGGGAGGUGCAGGGGCCUGAAUGGCUGCUUUCGGGAUCAGCCAGGCGAUUUUCCAGCCUGGCGUGUCUGCCGACAGUUCCCCCUGGCUGAGGAUGAAUCUCUGAUGCACGUGCUACCUGCGGGGCAGGAUGCACAUCAUGAUCAUCAGCGGGUUAAUGGCCAGCAUCCCGCUUCACCUGCCAGUGUGCCGCUGUGCUGCUGGCACCCACUGUCGAGCGCCCCGUCCAGCGGGCUGCACCCCGCAGCCGCAGGGAACACAGCAGGGCUCGGUGGGCUGGCCAAGUGCCGGGGCAACCGCUCUCCCGGCAGCAUGGAGGUGCAGUGCCAGCGCAGUGCGGCAUUUGACUGCACUCCCCAGCCGGCAGCCUGCUGCCCUGACUGGAUGGCAGGGCUCCCUGAUGCCCUGCCUCUCUCCCGCCUCUCCAUUCCUGGCACCCACGACUCCCUCAGCUUGUUUGGUGGCCAGCGCCUGCGGUGCCAGAGCUGGAGCCUGGAGGCCCAGCUGGUGGCCGGCAUCCGCUUCCUGGAUGUGCGCUGCAAGCUGGCACGGGGCGAGCUCCACGUCUACCACCUCUGCACCUUCCAGCGGGCCAGCCUGCGGGGGGUCCUGCGCCGCACCCUGCGCUUCCUCCGUGCUCACCCCAGCGAGGCCGUGCUCAUGCGCAUCAAGGAGGAGCUGCCCAUCUUCUCCCAGCCUGGCUUCGCUGCCCGGCUGCACCGCUGCUUGCUAGAGGAGGGACAGAGCUGCAUGUGGUGCCGGGAAGAGGUGCCAACGCUGGGCCAGGUGCGGGGGAAGAUUGUGGUGCUGGAGGCGCUGGCGCGGGAGGUGCUGGGCAUUCCCUACGAGCAGCUGAGCAUCAGCGACGCCUGGAACGUCCUCUCACUGGAGCGCAAGUGGGCCCGGGCCCGGCGGCACCUGGAGAGGGCAGCCAGUGGGGACCCGGCCACCAUGCACCUCACCUUCUGCUCAGGCAAUGGGCUCUUCACCUGUCCCGAGGAGGUGGCACGCUUUGUGAACCCCCGCUGCUACCAGCACCUGCGGCGCCGGGGCAGGCAGCCCGUGCGCUGGGGAGUGGUCAUCAUGGACUUCCCUGGUGCAGGGCUCCUCCAGCUCAUUGUGGAGAGCAACAGCCCACAGACCAGUGGCCCCAUCACAGCAGCCCCUGGCACCCCCCCAGUACCCUCACGGCACCCCCGCGGCAGAGGGGAUGGGCGCCACAGACAGCACAGCUCCACGCGCUGCUCACGCCGGUGCCCAUCAGGACGGACACUGCUCCCGGCCUCACACCUCCGCCGAAAGACAUCAGCGCCCAGUAGAGCAAAAGCAAGUUCCUAGCUCUUGCUGGCACCAGGAAGCCUUCAUGUGACAAUGGUGUGACAGCGCCAGAGGCAGCAGAGGAGGGUUGGUGGCUUCAGGCGGUCUGGGGAGCUGCCCCCUGCACGCAGCUCUCCCCUGAGGAGCUGGGUACAGUCCUGGCAGGGCCUGGGCUGACUGAGUCCCCAGCAGAGCAGCAGGGAGAGGCAGAGGGAAAAGGUCCUGCCAGGCCUCCUCUUGGGCUGGCGAGUCCACCUGAAAUGCCUUUCUGCAAAACAGCCUUUAUUCCUUUCAAGGGUAAAUAAAAUUACUCUAGGAAAGCACUUUCUAUAUUGCCUUCCCUAGCAGAAAAAAGUGCAGAAAAGACCUUUUGCUUUUGCUGCUCAGAUGUGAAAGAGCCCGUACCCCUCUGUCCAUGGCUGAAGCACAGUUAAAUUGGUGUUUGUAACCAUCUCGCUCUUAAAGUAGAGCUGUGAGAGAGGUCAGAGGAGGAGGAAUUCACUUCAAAGAUGACAGUAAAUGGUUAGGAACAUCCUUCCCCUCGUUAUUUUAGCUUUUGUUUUUUUCUUGCAGGGCCUUGCCCCAAAAGUCAGGACUGUUAGAGAGAGGUGACUUCAGCAAGCGCCGCUGGCCCCGUGCACGGAAAGCUGGAUGGCCACAGCUGCGGCAGUUCAGAUGGGGCUACCCCCUCCCUGGGGUCACACAGCCGGGGGAUGCUGCACAGGACAAAGCCCAGCAGUUUGCAACAGCACAGGCAGCGUGGACAGGAGAGUUUGUAGAUCCACAAAACCAAAAUGUGCUUAAAAUGCACAUUGUGCCAGCACCUGCCCUACCUGCAGAAAAUAAAUCCGCAAUUUAAAUAGACCGGCGAGCCACAGGACACAGUAGCUCCUUGAAGCAGAAAGAUAACUGGGAUCCCAGGGGAGAAAGCAUCAAACUGCCGGCUGCACUGAAGCAAGGAGGUGAGAAAGAGAAGAGGAAAACUCAGCCCUGUCCUGUCAAAAGGUGAAGAACACCCUCAAAGAUGCUUCUGUCUCAGGGGAAAAAUGCAGCCUGGCACAGUGCCUGCCAGAGGGCAUGCUGCAGGAUUUCCUGGCCAGAGGCAAGGACAUUGUUUUCUCUGCAGGGCCUGGCCCUGGCUGGAGACACAGCCCUUGGUGCUGAGCAUGGUCAUCUGCUGGCCCUGGGCGGGCUGCGGCGGCGCUGGGCUGGGCAGGCAGCAGGGGAGGACGGAGCCUGUGCUGCCAUGAGCCAGGACGGAGGGGAGUAGGCAAUAGCGCGCAGGGGAUGUUGGAGGUGACAGACAGAGAAAUCUGUUUCUGGACUUGCUUUGUGAUAAAUCUCUGCAUUAAACUGGACAUGUGACAAAGCACUGGUGAUGUCUGGGGUGCCAGUGGCCUGUUCCGUUGGCUGUCAGACCUCCACUGCCUGGGCCGCCCCUGUGCCCAGCCAGCAUGAAAGCUCUAGGCAUUGCUCUCAUGCCAGGAAGAUGGGUGCUAUCAAGGGAGGGGCAGUCAGAUCGGUGGCCUGUCCCAGCUUUCCAGGGAUGCACGGUGCCAUGGGGAGCCGGGCAGGGUGCAGGCAGAG